UCAAUAAUACAAUUUGGUAUCAGAGCUCAGGAGCCGCCGCCAACCCCUGCUGUUGCGAUCUCCUCGGCCAUGGCGAAAAAAAAGGAAAUGAAACCCUAAACCCAGAAAUUGGCGUCGCCAGGAUCGUUGGAGCUCAAACCCUAGCCCACACGGAGACGAACCACCUCGCCUAGAUUCCCUAACUCUAGAAGAGGGAGCUGGUGAAGGAUCUGGGAAUGGUCCGAGCCCCAAACUGCCUACCAGCAACGGAUCUUUGCCUGCCGAUUUCUACGCAGACCACGAGACCGAGAUAGUGGAAGAUCCGCCGUCGCCAGCGAGCCCGAGCAGCAGCGGUUACGCCGGAGAGAGAGGGGGAGCAGUGGAGCUACGAGUGCGGUCGAGGACGGCGAUGGCGAUGGUAGUUCGACCGAUGGCUGGGAUCGGGGGGAAAUCGCGAGCUGGUGAGGAUGAUGAUUCAGUUUCAUGGAGGAAAAGAUAAAAACACUUUCUCGUGUUGAGUCACUCAGGGAAACCAAUAUAUUUGAGGUUCGGUUGUUGGGAGAGAGAGAGAGUCUCGAAGCCUAGUGAUUUUUUGUUUGAAGGAGAACAGUGAUCUAGAGAGUAAUUUUGUUUGAAGGAGAACAGUAAUUUUGUUGGAAGAGAGAAUAGUGAUCUAGAGUCGAAUCGAUGGAGGAGAUCAUCAAGAAGUUGAACCCCGCGGAUGUCUCAACUUUGAUGCAGCUGAUGAGGUUGUCCGCUGGUGAGAGCGCGACAAGGCCACUAGCAAAAUUGGAGCUCCCACCCAUUGAUCUGAAACUCGAUGGGCCAGCUACAUAUCUGAGCUGGUCACGUCGGGUGAGGUACACUCUCGCAGGGUGGAAUCUGGAGGGGUACUUGACAGGUGAAAAGGCAGAGCCGGCGGAGGGCGCUGCGGGAAGAGACGAGUGGAAGUCCACUCAUAUGUUGGUGUACAUUUGGCUUCUUAACUCAUUGGUCCAGUCGAUUGCCGCUACAGUAGACGGCAUUGGGAAGGUGACGGACGUCUGGGAAAAGCUUAGAAGAACCUAUGAUGGGGUGGGGAAUAACCUGAGGUUGUUCCAGAUUAAGAGGGAGAUUAAUGCUACAGUCCAGGGAGAUAAGACAGUACAGGAGUAUGCCACAGAGCUGAAGCGCUUGUGGCUGGAUCAUGAUCACUUCUCACCUCGAGCAAGCUGUAAGGAUCCGGAGUGUAAGGAACGAGAGGCCUUUCUGCAAGAGAGGACUAUGGUAUUUCUCCAGGGGCUGACUUCAGCAUUUGAUCAGAGGAUCGUGAUGCUGCUAGCUCAGCCGAAGAUUCCCACACUUGAUGAGGCAGUCUUAGCCAUGAUACAUGAGGAGAGUCACAUUAGGCUACAGGCUGGGACAAGCGGACUUCCAGGGGUAAGGUUAGCACUGGCGGUCUCCAACUCAGGUAACACUGGAUUCAAUGGGGAGACUCGACAGUGCUACAACUGUGGUGAGAUAGGUCAUCUGAGACAUGCUUGCCCUAAGCCACCCAAGGAGGGAAAUUCGAAUGGACGUGGACAGUUCGGAGGUCGUGGUCGUGACCGCGGUGGUCGACGAGGUGGAAGAGGAGGCAGCCUGGCAAAUCUGAUGGUAGCAGAUGGAGAGGAAGAAGCUGAUGUGGUCUUCACUGAGGAGGAUCAGGCGCUCCUGGAGGUUCUUAGGAGGAAGCAGAGAGCAGCAGGUGAUGGAGACAAGAAGAGUGGGACUGAGGAGACAUCCAUUUUGUUCUUCCCCAGAGGCAACACUACUACUUAUGCUCAUCCGAUCAAAGGUGAUCUUCCAGGAGAAGGGGACAAGACAGAGACUUGGGACUGGCACGUGGAGUAGUGGACUGUGGUACCUGGAUCGUGAAGGGCUAGACUCAGCGUUGGUGUCUAUGGUAGAGAGAGCAUGGGUAGGACCUGAGAUGAGUGUUGAGGAUGUGUUGAUGCUCCAUCACCAGCGCUUGGGACAUUCUUCCUUCAGUGUUUUGAGUAGGUUGUAUCCAUCUUUGUUUGAGAAAGCAAAUAAACAGAAACUUGUGUGUGAUGCAUGUGAGUUUGGAAAGCUUGCUAGAAGCUCUUAUAUUAGUUCUGAUCAUAAGAGUUCUUGUGCAUUUGACCUGAUACAUUCUAAUGUUUGGGGGCCUUGUUCCACAAGUUCUAUGAAUGAAUAUAAGUAUUGUGUUGCCUUCAA